UUGCUGGGGGGACGCAAUACUGCAGCGCACGCGACUUUAACCUGCACAUGGGAAUGAACGCUAACAUGACUUAGGCAAUAUUUAUCUUAAUUUUUAGCUUUAUUCACCAUCACUAAACAACAAUUUCUUUUCGACUCUUUAUGGAGUGGCAAGUGCAAAGUCUACAGAACAGCGUUUGUUUUGUAUGUGUUUGUGUUCCGUUGAAAUAGGGGGCAGCUAACGAGAGCUAGCUUGUCAUUUCAUUACUGGAGGGAAGCAUUUUGACCUUGUUAGCCGAAUACGUUAGUUUUUCCUACUAACAGAUCAUUUCUUGUGCCUGGCUUCUAUUUAAGAGUGUUACUGACUAAAACAUUGGGAAUUAGUAACGUAUUGCCUGUUUACGUGUCACCUGCUUGAUAUUAAAAUAUACAUGACCUGCAUAUUAUUUAAAACGAGCAAACAAAACCUGUUUUAUUUACAUAUUUAGGUAAUUAAACUCAAUCUAAUUCCACAAUAUGACUAUGUGGGUGACAAAUGACAUCAUAAAAUGGUCACUGCGCCUUUGCUGCCGCAGGUUUCCAUGGAAACGGUCUAGUAUCCCAGUGCUAGCAUCAAUUAAAGGCUCCUCUUUAUCUAGAAAUGGCUUUACAGGCUUCUGGGGCGGGAGGCUGAACCAAAGCCGCCUUUCUGGGACUCUUAGUACCACAAGGUUCUAUUCCUGUGGUGAGAAGGACAACGAAGAUCUAAAAGACAGCAACAGUCUCACUACAGAGAAUUCACUUUCUACUGGUGAACUCAACAAGACCUCCUCAGAGCAGAGACAGAGGACUUCCCCGUUCCUAGAACUCCUGCAUCACUGCAACUCCCCAUCAGACGUGUUGGACCUCGCAUCCAAGUACGCGCCCACAAAUCGACAGGUCAGCCAGUGCCUCAGCCGCAUAUGGUUCUCCACAAAGAAGCUAUCGGACGAACAGCGGCGCUACGAGUUGCAGCUGAUGUUUGAGCAUCCUGAAUUUGAAAAUCUUCUGCAAAAGGCGACGAGGUCUAUCCAGUACAUGCGUAACGAGGACGUUGCCUACUCCCUUUUGAGUGUGGUCAACCUGGGGGUGGCUCAGCGCAGCCGCGUGAUCCAGACCUUCCUUCGAACUUGCCAGGAGAGACUGAAUGACUUUGACGAGAAAGCGCUGUCCAUCUUGGCCUCUGCUCUGGAGCGUAUGAAGGCUAGUCAGAAUGUGGAUGCUUUAAAGGAAGGCAUGAGGCUGGUGGUUGAGGCCCGUCUUCCUGAGAUUCAAAAUGUUUUGGCUCUCCAGACCAUGAUGCGACUCCUGGGAAGAGAUGCUCCAAGAGAGCUCAAACAGAAACUAGAGAGGAAGGCUUUAUCAAUGACUGACCAGUUCAGCCUCCCCAAUGCCCAACACAUGAUCUUCACCAUGGCCACUAUAGGGUUCCACUCCAAACCGCUGCUGAAGUUUUGUAGUGAUAAAAUCAAAGACAACCUUCAUGACAUUCCUUUUAACAUACUGUACAAUAUACUGCAGUCCUAUAAGGAGCUUCUCUACAGAGACACAGACCUGCUUACUAGCAUUUCAGAUCAUGUUGCCUCCACAUUUGACAUAUGGACCAAUAAACAGCUGGUCUUCUUCCUGUCUGCAUUUAAGGACCGUCUCUUCUGUCCUACCUCCUUAAUGGAGCCUUUCACUGAAAAGGUGAUUGCCAACCCUGAUGCGCUCACCCUUAAGGACCUCCUGUCUGUCUUAGCGGUUUACUCCUCGCUUAACUACGAUCUGCGGCAUCAAAGACAGGCGUUUCUUGAUAGUCUCAGCCAUGCUCUCAUCUCCUAUCUGCCCAAAAUGUCUGGCUUGGAAUUGCUAAAGGCUGCCCACUACCUGUGUGGGAUGAAUCACUUCCCAUCUGCACUGCUGGAGCAGCUCCUGAGUAGUAGUACGCUGGAACAGCUAGCAUCUACAAGUUUCACAAAGAGCAAGGAGAGAAUGUUUCAGAGAGUGGACAUAUGUCUCCGUCUGGACCGCCCUCCUCUUCCUCAGCCCUUGACUGUCCCCCCGUCCGUCCUGGGGAACCCCACUCCCAACCCGUUGGUUAAUCCGCGCCUCUCAAAGAGCCUGCAGAGUGUGGUGGCAGAUCAGGCGAAUGCAACUCUGCAGGAAAUGUUGGUGGUAGAGAACUUCUACGUCAUAGAUGGUGUUGUAACCAUACCUCUUCCAAACCAGCCAUGUGUGACGGAAACAAGUAGCAUUUCCCCAGCAGAGAGCAGUCAAAGAAUUGCUGUUAUUUAUACACCAAACUCUAGUUUUUGCUUUGGUACGUCACACCCCCGUGGGCCCCUCGCUCUCCAGAUCCGUCAUCUGAAGAUUCUGGGAUACACUCCUGUCUUGGUAACAGAGCAACUUCUACAAUCUUCAUCUGAGGAGGAGAUGACGGAUAAGAUGCGAGGACUCGUUUUUCCAGAACACGCAUCAGACGCACAACCUCAAGUGGGAGAUGUGGAAUCCUAGACACAUGAAACAGGCUCAGAU